AUGUUCUCUAGUUUGUCUUCUUGUCGACCGAGUAUUUUGUUAGCAUCUGUUCUACGUUCACCAACAACUCGUUCGAUAAGUAAAAGAUCCGAUGAAGAUGCCGAAUCUCAACAGCGUUUGUCCGUAACGAAAAAAAUGCGCUUGUUAGGAUUACAAAGUAAUCAAGCACGGAAAGCAUUGUCGAUUUACGAUGAUUAUGUACAUCGUCAGAAGAAACUACCGGAUUUACGUAUGUUCGCUGUGGCAAUUAACUGUGCGAUGAUUGCGGAAGAUUUAGCGAAAGGUUGUGAAAUUCAUCAAUUUAUCGAAAAGGACUUUCCACAUUUAAAAGAUAAUUUGAUGCUGAAACAACAGCUACGUUAUUUUUAUAUAAAAUGUAACGAUCAACAAUCAGCUGAUAAACUUUUUCAACAAACAUCAACGAAACCGCAAGAAAGUCAAAACACGAUAUCGCAGGAUUUGGGUGUGACUAAUAAAAAACAAUGA